UCGAAUCCUGGACUUGUAUUCAAUUUCCUUGUUCAAAUUACCCUGCGGCCUGCGAACUCGAAAAGUGUCAAAUGGACUAGCAGUGUUCCAUUUCAUGGCGAUCACUCCUUUUUCUUCAGUGACACCCAAGUCCACCAUUUUCACAUUUAGAGCUCCUCAUUUCCAACACAUUUGUAGUUAUCUCUCAACUCUUUCUCAGCUUUUCUCCCAACAAACCACUAAUCCCACCAACACCAACAAACCCAAAAAUGCCAAACCCCUCAAUAAUCCCAAACCCAAAACACCUUCUUCUUCCAAAUCCAAAAAAGCUGCAAACAUUGCACAUAUCAUCAACACAAACCCAUGGUCAUCAAAUCUUGAAUCAUCCCUUUCCACCCUCACUCAACCUUCCCUCACACACACCACUAUCCUUCACACACUUCGCUUCAUUAAAACACCUUCAAAAGCCCUUCACUUCUUUAACUGGACACAAAAAACAGGUUUUACACACACCCAACAAUCGUAUUUUCUCAUGUUGCAAAUUCUUGGCAAUGGCCGUAACUUAAAUUCAGCAAGAAACUUCAUUUUAUCUAUACCAAGAAGGUCUAAUGCUACUGUACUACUUCAAGAUAAGUACUUUAACAUCUUGAUUCGAAGUUAUGGUAAAGCUGGGCUUUUUCAAGAAUCAUUAAAGGUGUUUAAAAUGAUGAAAUCGCUUGGAAUUUCACCCUCUGUGGUUACAUUCAAUAGUUUGUUUUUAAUUUUGCUUAAAAGGGGUCGAACCGGUAUGGUUUACGAGUUGUUUGAUGAAAUGCUCAAGACAUUUGGUGCUAAGCCUGAUUUGUAUACUUUUAACAUUUUGAUUAGAGGGUUUUGUAUGAACUCUAUGGUUGAUCAAGGGUUUAGGUUUUUUAAGGAAAUGGAAAGGCAUGGAUGUGAUCCGGAUGUUAUUACGUACAAUACUAUUAUCGACGGUUUGUGUAGGGCUGGGAAAGUAAAGAUUGCACAUAAUGUGUUAAAGGGUAUGGUUAAGAGAGGUCAUCAGUUGAGUCCAAAUGUUGUAAGUUACACCACUUUGGUUAGAGGAUAUUGUGAGAAGCAAGAGGUCGGACGGGCUCUUGAUGUUUUUGAGGAAAUGAUAGAUUGUGGUUUAAAACCGACAAGUAUUACUUAUAAUACUCUUGUACAAGGUCUUUGUGAGGCUAAAAAAUUUGACACAAUAAGAGAGAUCUUGGAAGGGACUCUAGGAGGUGGAGGUCUUAUUCCAGAUACAUGUACUUUUAAUACAUUGAUUACCUAUCACUGCAAUGUGGGAAAUCUGGAUGAAGCGAUGAAGGUUUUUGAGAAUAUGUCGAACUUAAAGGUCAAACCUGAUUCAGCAGCAUAUAGUGUCGUAAUACGUUGCUUUUGUCAAAAGGGAUACUUUGAUAGGGCAGAGAAAUUAUUUGAUGAACUAAUGAAGAAGGAGGUAUUGCGCUGUGAUGAUGGUUGUACACCUCUCGUUGCAGCAUACAACCCCAUGUUUGAGUAUUUGUGCAAGAUUGGCAAGACAAACAAGGCUGAGAAAGUGUUCAGGCAGCUAAUGAGAAGAGGAACUCAGGAUCCUUUUGCUUAUGAAAUCCUGAUCACAGGGCAUUGUAGAGAAGGCACAUUUAAUGAAGCACAUGAACUAUUAGUUUUAAUGUUGAGGAGAGAUUAUAUUCCUAAUAUUGAAAUUUAUGAGUCCCUAAUUGAAGGUUUGUUGCAAAAGAAUGACCCUAAAGUUGCUUACGAUACUCUAGAGAAGAUGUUGAAAAGCUCCCAUCUUCCGAGAUCUUCAACUUUCCAUCAAAUCCUUACAGAACUUAUCAAGAAGAAUUGUGCAAUUGAAUGUGCUUCCUUGGUGACACUAAUGUUAGAUAACAAAGUUAGACAAAACAUCAGCCUUUCAACUGAUACUGUGAGGAUACUCUUCCAAAUGGGAUUAAGGGAGAAAGCUUUUGAGAUUCUCAGGCGCCUUUAUGAAAAUGAAUACAUGGUAAAUAUGGAAGGCUUGGUUGUUUUCCUUUGCCAGUGUAGAAAGUUAUUGGAGGCACGUGAACUAUUGCUAUUUAGCUUAAGUAAGGAUCAUAUUCUGAAUGUAGAUACAUGCAGCACUCUCUUAUCUUCUCUCUGCAAAGCGCGUAGAGCUUCAGAAGCAUUUGAGAUUUACUAUGAGUUGCUCGAGAAAGGAGUCCAACAACCAUUAAAAUGCCUAGAAGAGUUAGGACUUGUUCUUGAAACUGAAGGAAGAACUAAGGAAGCUGAAUUUGUUAAGAAGAGAAUCUUAGGCCAAUCGCAGUCCGAUAGAUUGGUUCAAACUUGUGCAUCUGAAGGAUAUAUAUGUAAUGUGUAGCAUACAAGAGUUCUAUUGUUUCUCCAAUCAUUAUCUUAACCACAUUUUAUUCUGAAAAAUAAUGGUUGCAAAUAAUAGUUGGCUUACAUGGGUGAUGCUAGCUGGGAUGGAUGCCUCUGGAAUGUGUCUAAGAGUGCUAUCAGGUUAAAGACUAGAAAAUUAGCAGUCCUCAAGGUCUCUGGUUCACCAUUUGGCCUUUCAGGCGGUUAUUAAGAGAAAUAUGGUUCAAGUGCAUGCGGAGGGGAUAGGUUCUAUGCUUAAUUGCAACAACGUUGGACAUCUUAAACAGUCAAAACCUCCAUAUUUCUCAGAUGAACAAUUUGGCACUGACUUGACAACUUUAAUAAUGUUUCAUUCUCCAAUUUUCAGUCGUUACUGAGUCAUCUGAUCUUCUUCCUACCAAGCAAUAGCAAUGAUAUACAAUUUUUUAAAGCUUUUGCUAGAUGCCCUGGCUUCUGCAGAAGUUAAACCAAGGGCCUGAUAGAAUUGUACCUUGAAGUUUAUACAUUUAGAUUUUUGGCUUCUGUAAAAAAUCUUUCAAAUAAAAAGAGUCAAUUUUUAUU